CCGCGGGGGACGCCAGUCGAGCCGGGAGACGCUUACCUGCCGCCUCCCCGCCGCCCGGCGCACCUGGCUGCAAGGCCUCCGCUCGGAGGGCGGGCGGCGACGGCCCCGCGGAGUUGCCAACGGGCGCGCGCCGUCCCGGGCACGGUCUCCCCGCAGAACGUGCGGGCACUUCGGCGACUCCUUCCCUGACCCGCACGCUCCCCUCCCCCGCCCCAGUCGGCCCGGGAAAGGUGCGACCGCUCCCGGCUCCAGUUACGGAAGCGGACGGUUCCGGGCCAGGAGGAUUCGAAAAUGCCCCGCGCGUUUCUGGUCAAGAAGCCGUGCGUCUCCACGUGCAAGAGGAACUGGAGCGAGCUCCCCGACGAGGAGCGCGGCGAGAUCUACGUGCCAGUCAGCCUGGGCUUCUGUCCGCCUCAGCCCUACCAGGAGCCAGAGCCGUCAGUGGCUGAACCCUCAUCUUGCCCCCUGGUUUUGGACAUGAGCCUCCGGGACUCCAGCUAUGGUGUGGUCCCUGGGCCCUGUGUGGUAGCCCAGCUGCCCUCUGAAGACAUCAGUCAUUUGGCAGAGCCCCAGAACAGAGACCAUGGCUUCCUACGCACCAAGAUGAAGGUGACCCUGGGGGAUGGGCCCAGUGGAGACCUCUUCACCUGCCACAUUUGUCAGAAGGCCUUCACCUACCAGCGCAUGCUCAAUCGCCACAUGAAGUGUCACAAUGAUGUCAAGAGGCACCUGUGCACCUACUGUGGGAAGGGCUUCAAUGACACGUUCGACCUGAAGAGACACGUCCGCACCCACACCGGCGUGCGGCCCUACAAAUGCAGCCUGUGUGACAAGGCCUUCACACAGCGCUGCUCUCUGGAGUCACACCUCAAGAAGAUCCACGGCGUGCAGCAGAAGUACGCGUACAAGGAGCGGCGGGCCAAGCUGUACGUGUGUGAAGAGUGUGGCUGUACAUCCGAGAGCCAGGAGGGCCAUGUCCUCCACCUGAAGGAGCACCACCCCGACAGCCCACUGCUGCGUAAGACCUCCAAGAAGGUGGCUGUGGCCUUGCAGAAUACUGUCACCUCUCUGUUACAGAGCAACCACCAUCUCUAAGUGGCCUGGCCCGGCCUGGCCCGAUCCCCCCUCCUGCUGCCCCUCGCGGGAUGUGGUGACCAGGACUGGAGCCCCCAGGCACACUUGCUCACUCAGCCCCCGUGCUGAACUCUGCUCACGUUUGCAUUUUUGUCUCGUGGGCAGGGGUCUCUCCAAGCCUGGGCCGAUGUGUGUGAGUGUGUGGCAGGAGCCGGGCCCAGGCUGCCUUCAGUUUGAGGUGGCACACCUACAGAGACAGGCCUCCCUUCCCAGAGGAGGUACAUGAAGAUGCUCCUGUGGCCAUCUUCCUCUGGAGCCCAGGGGUGGGGACCACUGGUGCCCUGUGGACAGCAGAGGAAAGGGCAGCCCAGCAAACCUAGGUGCUGGGGGAGCUGGCCCCUGCCUGCGCAGCGGUGUGUCUCACGUUCAGGGCUGCUGGGGCAGGGUCCACCCUUCCGACAGGGAGACACACAUGGACGAGUGCGCGCACACAGGAGGCCUUUCCAUACAUCACCUCAUUUUUAGGAAAUUGACUACAAGGUGCCAAGGAAGUCUUAUUUCCUUUUUUUAAAGAUGACAAAUGUACAGAUAUUAAUAUAUUUUUGGUGCCAAUGGUGGCUAUUUUUAAGAGAGGACGGAGCUGGCUUUUCUCCCUCUCCAUGCAGUUCUAUUUAUCCUGGACAUUUCAUACUUUCUCUGUGCCUUGACUCUGGGGAGUAGGGGGCUGCCCCGAGCCACCCCUACCCUUCAUACCUCCUGAGAUAUUUAACUGAAGACCCUCCUCCAGCCCUGCCUGAGGGAUAUGCUGUGCUUUCUCUCCUUCCCCUUCCACUGGGGUCCAUGCCACAGUGGCUCUUCCUUGACCCUCAGGGCUGCCUCCCUCCCACAUCCUUUCAAGGCAUGCCUGGGGGUUACCAAGAGCUUGCUUGCCUCCUAAUAACAGACCUUUUGUGGAGCAACUCACCAUUGCGAAGGCCAAGAGUUUGUCCAGCUGCAGCUGCGGGAGAAAGCCCACAGGGUGAUGAGUCUGAUACGUCCAGAGUCCACCAUUUGAGACACUGAGAGGACAGGGCCAGGCUGCAAGGCCUGUCCUUUUCCUUCUUGAGUGGAAAACCCUAGGGCCGCAGCAAAAAAUUGGGACAGAAUAAUAACCAGACCCAUCAGAAGCCUCUCAGGAGGACGAUAUUAGAGGGCUGACAAGUUCUAUUUGUAGCCUAUCUGCGGACUGUUUUUCAAACAGCUAGGCUGGGUUGUGAGCCUUCAAGGAGAGCCACCCCGGGGCUGGUUGGCUCCAUCUGAGGAAAUCGGCCAGGCUCUACUGGCUUGGCUGUAUUUUCUGCUAAAAACAGGAAAGGGGUGUGGGUCAAAAGGGAGAGAGGGGCAGGGCUGGAGGCAGCCGGCUGAAGAAUGAGAAGGCGAACUCUCAAAAGAGGUCCACAGGACGCAGUGGGCUGGACUGGGCAGUGGAGCUGAGCCCGAGGCAGAACCAGCCCAGAGGCUGCUGCUGAGGAGGAAUCGGGUCGCUUUCUCGGACAGCCCUCUGACGGUGUAUAGAUUGUUUUGGAAGACUCCUGUCUUAUUUUACUUUAGAGUGUCUGGGAGCUGCUGUAUUCUGGAAGUUCUAUAACAUUAUCUGGAGGCUCUGUUUCGUUUACAUUUCUGUAUCCCUGUGUUAUUGCAAUCUGAGGGGGUUCCAACGCUCUGUGUUGUCUAUUUUAUUUUAUAACUUUCCCCUCAACUAUUAAAAUCAGAGAAUUAUUGUUUUCUGCA